AUGUGGCUAGGCUUGUCACAGUCAGAGCGUGACCUCCACCUGCAAAGUGUUGAGGACCCUGGUUUCAAUCUCGACGAUUACCCACAGGGCAUCCAAGACAGCCGCAAUGAUCCGCCCUGUUACCCGUACAGGGGAAGGCCUGCAGACACACCUACCGUUUUCAAGACGCAGCUCCUAUUCUACCGGUCUAGACCGGCUCAGAAGCACCAACUGACCGAGCGUUUGGCCAAUUUAUCCAUCUACAUGACGAACUAACUAGCAAAGUGAUAAAUUCCGCACUAAAGGCGGAGUUAACUGCUAUGGCUCGACGGAAAAUUUUGAGCAUUAUUCACGACGUGAGUGGUUCGAUGGGAGCUACGAGAUUGCAGCUUCAUAACGGAUUACACACAGACUUGGAAGCCAAGGAAACUGCUACGGCCACGGAUGCUGCGGUCGUUGAAGCUAAUACCACGCGCAAAGCGUUUAUAAGCAACGCAAAAAAAUCAAUUCGCACUUUAGGUCUCUAAAUCGAGAGCGACAAAUUAUCAGGCCCACUGCUACGCGAUAUCUGAACGACUUCUCUUGGAUUGAAAUGGAUGGAAUCGAUGGUGUUGAAGGGCAAAUAAACGAGCUAACAACGUGCGACGGAAACAUGAGCGACUUUUCUCUUGGUGUGAAGGAGGGAGGGGGGGG